UUUUUGUAUAGAAAUAUACCGAAAUUUUGCAUUUUUGUUAUAAAGUUUGGUAGGUAUAGUUAAAUAUUAUAGGUUAAAGCUGGCAGCACUCAAUAUUUCAAUGCUGAAAUCAGCUGUUUCGGUAUCAAGCAUUUUCGCUAUAUUAUUUAUUUAUUGACAUUGUUUGACAGAUGAUCUAUAUAAAAGUGGAGAUUUUAAAAUUACAUAUUAAAUGAUAUUAAUUAAAUGAAAAUUUUUUAAUUUACACAUUAAAAUGAAUGAAAGCGAUGCAUAUGUCAAUAACAUUUUACAAGACGUUGAUCGAAUUCCUUCGGAUGGAGUAUGUAUUACGACUAUAAACUGCAAUCAUGAAAAAUCUGAUAACGUAGAGAAAGCAAGCGCAGUUUGGACGUACAAUGCUACCUUAACACUUCUAAAAUUAUAUGAAAAUAAGUUGGAAAUGUUAGAAACACCCAAAAAGAAAACCAGAAUUUGGAAUGCCAUAUCAGAAAGCUUAAAAGAUUAUAACAUUGAGAUGACACCAGAUCAAGUACGAUGGAAGAUAAAUGCAUUGACAAAAAAAUAUAAGCAAUGUGUUGAUACGGGGCAUUGUAUGAAAUUUAAAUAUUUUAAAGAAAUGGAUAACAUUUAUGCACAAUAUAAUGUGGAUUGUGACUCAUUCACUAUUGGAGAAUUUUUACACAAAAAGAAAGAUGGUAAGCAGCCAUACACCAAAGACACAUCAAUAAAAACCAAUGUAGAAAGUAAAGCAAUGAUUGAACUUAGAAAAAUACGACUGGCGAAUAGGAUUGAAUCUGAGAGGUCCCAAAGUAAAAACAACUUAGAAAAACAAUGGCUUGAAUACUUAAAACGACAGGAACAGAAUAAGUUACUGCAAGAUCAGAUAUUUGAGCGCAAUUUAAAGUUAAAAGAAGAAGAUUUGCAGUUACGAAGGCAAGAAAUAGAAAUGAAAGAAUCAAUCGAGAUAAGGAAGCUACAAUUAAAAGAACAAGAACAAGACGAUUUAUUAUUAAUUGAAAGAGAAAAAUGUGAAAUGCUUAAACAAAUUUUUGCUGAUAGAAUUAUAUUAUAAAACAUAAAAA